ACCGAUGAAGCUGCGGCACAGUUCGUGACACUUCCGGAUGUUGUCGGCUACACUCGGCAAAGAUCGGCGCUUGCCCAAACCGCCACUUCGAUCCUGAGCGCACCAUAGUCCCACACAGGCGACAACUGAUGCUGACCGAUUCUAAACUUGCGUUAAGCGACAUGUUCUUUACUAGUUUAGACUUUAACCACCCAGCAAACGCACGCCUAACUCUUAACAUCAGUUCUGUGUCAACUAUAGAUAAAGCCGGAAUACCCCACUGCGCUCGGGAUUACAGUAGUCAAGUGCAUGAAAUUGGAGCAAUAGCUGUCUAGUUUUACGAGGAUGGCUGCAGCCUGGUAGACAACUGCCUAACGGGAUAUGUGCACAUUAAUUUUCCGUUUUGCGCAUCCCCACCGACUUCUGGCGCGUUUUGCGUUUCUUGUUUUUGUAAUUAGUCUACUGCCGGCGACAGGAUGGGAAAGGAUUUACUUUCACUGAUUACAGCUGUUUCGUUGAAAGGGUGACUGGGUGAUGGAACAGUGAUGAACAGUUAUCGGUGGUGAAAUAUGGUUCCUCUACUGAGAUUCUCUCUUCUUUUUCAUUUUAUUUUCUCCCUCCUCCUCCUUUGCUUCCCCUCAGCCCAUGUCCAGUUCCUGUCAGAACCUAGGGUGGGACAAGGUCUGCUGCUCUUCACUCAGCCUGCCUAUAAUGCUUCCAUCUUUGAGAACUCUGCUGCAAGAACCUAUAUUAGAAGUAAUGUCAAAAUGGGCAUCAUUCUUGGGUCAUCUCAGUUUUUAGACAUAAAAUAUUCCAUUGAGUUUGGAAACAGUGAGGGGAUUUUUCAGGCUGAGGAGUUUGUAAUGGGAGAUUUUUGUUUCCUUCGUGUACGCACUAAUGGAGGCAGUGGUGCCAUACUUAAUCGGGAAGUACAGGAUCAUUACACACUGAUAGUUAAGGCGUGUGCCAAAGGAGGCCUGGAGGCCUUAGCCACAGUUAAUAUCAAGGUCUUGGAUACCAACGAUCUCCGACCUCUCUUCUCGCCAACCUCCUAUUCAUUCGUUGUUUCUGAGAGUGCCCCUCUAGGUGCCAGCAUAGGAAGUGUAACAGCCACAGAUGCUGACAUGGGCUCCAAUGGGGAGUUCUACUACUUCUUCAGGAACAGAGUUGAACUCUUUGCUGUUCAUCCAACCAGCGGGGUCAUCACCCUGACAGGUCAGCCCAGGAUGGACAAACAAGACCGAUUUGAACUGGAGGUGCAGGUGGUCGACAGAGCAAUGAAACUCUAUGGGAACAAUGGUAUCAGCAGCACUGCUAAGCUGGUCCUUACUGUGGAGCGGGUUAAUGAAUUUGCUCCUGUUCUUAGUGCAGUUGCUGUCAUUCCAUCACAGGCAGACAAGGACCCAGUAUAUGCCAUAGUGACUGUGGAGGACAAAGACGAGGGGCUGUCUGGGGAUUUAGAGUGGGUGUCCAUCAUUGAGGGUGACCCUUUUAAACAGUUUGUGAUUGAUCAAUCACUAGUUGGGAAUGAGUAUUUGGUUAAAACAUCUGAACUGGUCAACUGGGAUGCAUUCCCUUAUGGAUGCAAUUUAACCUUCCAGGCUAAAGACAGGGGUAUACCUCCUAGGCUUUCUAAUAUCCAAGUUGUGCAAUUGUUGGUUACAAAGCCAGACCCAGUGUUAGCAAACUUUGAGAAAGAUAUUUAUAUAGUCAAGCUGAGUGAAAUAGCCCCCCCAGGCACUAUAGUAGAGGUGGUGAAAAUCUCCCCAGCUCCUUUGAAUGUCAUUUACAGCUUCAGCAGCCUUGUAGAUCCAAUGUACUUUGAUAUAAACCCUUUUACUGGUGUUAUUAUGACCACAAGGCAGCUAACAAAACUGUCACAGGAUUUCAUGGAGAUAGAGGUAGUUGAUAUUAUCAGUCAGCAGCGAGCAGUGGUCCAGAUCACCAUAGAGGAUGCCAAUGACAAUUCUCCAGUGUUCAACAAGCCAUUAUUUGAUAUUGCAAUCAAUGAGAGUCUGUCUGUAGGCACUGUUGUUCUUGUAGUAUCUGCUGUGGAUUAUGAUAAAGGAGAGAAUGGGUGUGUAACCCAUACAAUCAGCGGUGAGCAGUCUCUUCCAUUUACCAUAGAUCAGGACACAGGACAGGUGAGGAUCACAAGAGACUUAGACUUUGAGUCAUCAGAUGAUGUUUAUACUUUCGCGGUGCGGGCCUCUGACUGGGGUUCACCCUACAGAAGGGAAAGUGAGGUCAAUGUCACAAUUCAUCUGAUAAAUAUCAAUGACAAUCGGCCUCUGUUUGAGAAGAUUUCUUGCAGGGGCAUGAUAAGCCAAGAUUUCCCCAUCAACCAGACAAUUGUCACCUUGUCAGCUGUAGACAUGGAUGACCUAGGAAUGGUGAAGUAUAACAUACUGUCUGGGAAUGAGUUAGAUUAUUUUAACUUAAAUCCAGACUCUGGAGCUUUGUCAUUGAAAAGCUCAUUAGCAGUGGAUAAUUUAAAAAUGGACAUAUUCAACCUGAAAGUAGUUGCAACAGAUGGAGAGAUGUUUUCUGAUCCUACAUUUGUUAAUGUAUCUGUGUUGAGAGGUAGGAUGCCACCCAGUGGGUUCAACUGCAGAGAGACCAGGGUAGCCCAGCUGUUGGCAGAAAACAUGAUCUCAAAAGUGUCUGCCAUGACUAGACCAAGACCAAAUGAGAGAUAUGCAGACCUCUUUUCUAUGAACAAACAGGUUCCACAGUUUGAGGCCUUGCCUACCAAUAUUCUAGUACGAGAAGACCUCGCUGUUGGUGCCAGUGUAUUUCAGGUGCGAGCACGAGAUGACGACACAGGCUUCAAUGGCCAUGUUCUUUUUUCCAUAGCUGAUGGAAAUAAAGGAAACUGCUUCAAUAUCAACAUAGAAACUGGGUUGAUAACAGUAUUGCAGCCACUUGACCGUGAGCAAUUGGAUCGAUACUUCCUUAAUAUCACCAUCUACGAUCUGGGCAUUCCUCAGAUGUCCAGUUGGAGACUACUCACUGUGAUUAUUGAGGAUGCAAAUGACAAUGACCCUGAGUUUUAUCAGGACAGCUUCUCCGCUCUUGUUUCAGAAAACUCAGCCAUUGGUGUGGACGUUAUUAUCAUCACUGCAUUUGACAGAGACAUGGGUCAAAAUGGACAGCUUUCCUACACAAUGCUGACCAGUGUCCCUCAGUUUGGUAUUGACAGUGAAACUGGAAGUGUUUUUGUUGCGAGCUACUUGGACAGAGAAAUACUCCCAGUGUUCACAUUGAAAAUUGAAGUGAGAGACAAGGCUGAAAGAGGCACUCGAAGGUCAUCAGUGACUACUCUAAGUAUAAUAAUAGAGGAUGUCAAUGAUUGCUCCCCAGCUUUCGUCCCUAGCAGCUAUAGUGCUCAAGUGCUAGAGGACCUUCCUCCAGGUGCUGUGAUUACCUGGGUGCAGGCUCAGGAUCCAGACAUUGGCCCUGGGGGACAGGUCCAAUAUUCCUUGAUGAAUGACUUCAAUGGCACUUUUGAGGUCGACACUGUGAGUGGAGUGUUGAGGAUCAGAAAGGAGCUGGACUUUGAGAAACAACAGUUUUUCAACUUGACAGUACUUGCUAAGGACAGGGGCAUACCUAGUCUUAAAAGUCAGACAUUUGUGGAGGUGGAAGUGUUGGAUGUCAGUGAGAAUUUGUAUGCCCCCUACUUUACCGACUUUGCUGUGAGAGGCUCAGUGAAGGAGAAUUCUCGUGCAGGCACAAGUGUCCUGACAGUCAAUGCUAAGGACGAUGACAAGGGACGUGAUGGUGUACUGAGGUACUCUGUCAGGGGAGGCAGCGGAUUGGGCACUUUCACCAUUGACGAAGACACAGGUGUGAUUUACACUGCUGGUAUCCUGGACUGUGAGACCAAAGACUCCUAUUGGCUUACAGUCUAUGCCAUAGACAGAGGGGUUACACCCCUAUCAGCUUCUAUUGAAGUCUUCAUCCAGGUAGAAGAUGUCAAUGACAAUGCUCCCCUCACCUCAGACCCCAUCUACCACCCAGUCAUUAUGGAAAACUCUCCAAAGGAUGUGUCAGUCAUCCGUAUCCAGGCGCAGGACCCAGACCUGACUGCCGCACCCAGUCGUCUGAGUUAUCGCAUCACUGCUGGCAACCCGCAAAAUUUCUUCUCUAUCAACCCCAAAACAGGGCUAAUCACAACGACUGCGAGGAAACUGGACAGAGAACAACAGGCGGAGCACUUCUUAGAGGUAACAGUCAUAGAUGGUCCAGUGACCACCCGCCAGUCUGCAGUGUGGGUCAUAGUUCACAUUGAGGAUGAGAACGACAACCCUCCCACCUUCCCAGAAGUCACCUACCGCAUCAGCCUGCCAGAGAGAGACCGCAACAAACGUGGUGAACCGGUCUAUCGUGUCUUUGCUUAUGACCGUGAUCUGGGAGCCAAUGGUAACAUCACCUACAGCAUUCUCGAUGGUAAUGACGAUGAAAAGUUCAGCAUCGAUCCCAGGACAGCUAUGGUGUCAUCGAAGAAGAUGGUAACGGCGGGAAGUUAUGAUGUCCUCACUAUAAAAGCAGAGGACAGCGGCGAUCCCCCAUUAUGGUCAACUGUCAAACUCCACGUAGAGUGGAUUCGCAAACCUGCACCCUUGCCUCUGCCCCUACUGUUCACCCAGAGGUACUACAAUUUUUCAGUUUCGGAGACGGCGGCUGUCGCUCAGCCAGUGGGAGUAGUCGCUGUCAGCCAGUCGAGCACACCUGUCUGGUUCAAUAUCAUUGGUGGACGGCUCGCCAGAGAGAUGUUCUAUAUUCCACAGAAUGCAUGUGGAAGAAACUGCUCACUUGACACAGGGAGCUUUGACAUGCAGUUUGACCUUCAAGUGGGAGUGGGGACUUUAGUUGUAGCUAAACCCCUGGAUGCAGAGACACAGUCUAUGUACAACAUGACUGUGCAGGUGACAGAUGGGGCCAACUUUGCUUCAGCACAGGUGUUCAUACGAAUACAAGACAGCAAUGACAACCCCCCAGUCUUCUCACAGCCAGCCUAUGAUGUCAGCAUUUUGGAGGAUGCACCAGUUAACACGGAGCUGCUGCGGGUUAGAGCGUCAGACAUGGACGAGCGAGCCCGUUUGAGUUUCUCCAUCUAUGGUAGUGUGGACCCAGCCAGUAUGAGACUGUUCAGGGUCCAUCCUGGCACAGGAGUUGUCUACAUUGCAGACAGACUGGACUAUGAGGCCAGAACACAGCACAUCCUCACUAUUAUGGUCAAGGAUCAGGAGUUCCCAUUUAACCGAGACCUGGCUCGUGUCUUGGUGGCAGUGGAGGACUCCAAUGAUAACAUCCCCUACUUCACCAGCACUGUAUAUGAUGCAGUGGCUUAUGAGUCUUCUCCCGUAGGCACUUCUGUACUGCAAGUGACAGCCUUAGACAAAGACAAUGGGAUAAAUGGGCAACUCGUGUAUUCUGUGGAAGCAGGUAACACCGGUGGUGUGUUUAGCAUUGAUAAUGCCACAGGCCUUAUCUUCAUUGCCAGGGACCUGGACCUCACCUGUGUGGGCUUCUACACCCUCACUGUGCGUGUUACAGACAGUGGAUUUCCUCCUUUAAUGGCCACAGCGUCAGCUCGCAUCUCCUUGAUACUCUCCAACCUCUCUAAACCCAAAUUUUCACAGAAGGAGUAUCAGGCUGAGAUAAUGGAGAACAGCACUAUUGGAACUCAUGUAACCACCGUUAGUGCCCUCAGCCGCUCAGCACUCAUCUAUGAAAUCACCAGGGGCAAUGAGGAGCGCUGUUUCUUCAUUAACCAUCACACUGGUGUAAUCAGCACACACAGGCUACUUGACUUUGAGCAAACAACAUCAUACUUUCUAGUGGUGCAUGCCCUGAGUAUGGCUGGAGUGGAGGCCAGCACCACUGUCAACAUCCAGGUUGGGGAUGUGAAUGACAAUCCACCUGUCUUCCAGAAAAUCAGGUAUGUGGGCACAAUCAGUGAGGCUGCUCCAGUCAACAGUGUGGUGCAGGGAGAGGAUGGUAAUCCUUUGGUCAUCCUGGCCACCGAUAGGGACCACAAUCACAACGCCCUGCUAGUGUUCCAGAUCAUAGAGGAAACUGCUUGUAUGUUUUUCAGCGUGGACUCAGGGACUGGAUCGAUUCGAACAAUUGCCAGUCUGGAUUAUGAGAUCUUCUCUGAGUUCCUCUUCCGGGUUCAUGUAAGAGACAGUGGUCAACCACCUAGGAGCGCUGACAGCCAAGCAGAGGUGAUUAUAAAGGUGAUCAACAUCAAUGACUCCCCUCCAAAAUUUUCUCAGGACAAUUAUGAGACAGUCCUUCUUCUGCCAACCUACAUGGGGGUUGAGGUCCUUAGGGUUGAGGCUUUUGACCCUGAUAUGACCUCUUACUUCACCCAGAACCUUGACAAGUCCGUUACCCCCCAUCUAGUUUACUCUCUGGUGGACAGCAAUGUGGAGCACUUCGCUGUGGAACGCUACACUGGAGUUGUGACCGUCAUCAAUCAGAGCAUCAAUAAAGAGCAUUACCGCUUUAAUGUGAAGGUGUGGGAUGGACGUUUCUCCAGCAUGACAACAGUCACUGUGCUUGUACGAGAAGCUAUAGACAGCGGCCUGCUCUUCACCUUCCCAGUCUACACCGCCUCAAUUCCAGAGAACUCACUCAAUGUCACUUUAGUGACUGUUGAAAACCCUGGAGGACGCUUCGCCAUUCGGCCUACAUGUGGAGUGGUACUCACAAUGGGUGUACCUUUUGACCGAGAGGAGAAGGGGAGUUACGAGCUGGUGGUGGAGGUCAAGAGAGAAGAUGAGAUACUGAGGGUGGCCAGAGUGACUGUACAAGUGCAGGUGGAGGAUAUGAAUGACAACGUUCCACAGUUUGUGAAUCUCCCCUAUUAUGCAGUAGCACAAGUGGAAGCAGAGCCAGGAUCAGUUAUUUUCAGGGUCUCGGCCAUUGACCAAGACUAUGGUCUGAAUGGGGAGGUGUCUUACAGCCUGAAGGAGCAGCACAGGAACUUUCAGAUGAAUCCUGUGACAGGAGAGCUGACUUUAAAGAGAGCCUUCGAGGCAGACUUAUCUAAUGCUGAGUACAAGCUGGUCCUUGUGGCCACUGAUGGUGGUUUUCCUCCUCUGUCCAGUGAAGUGGAGCUGCCUGUUACUGUAGUAAAUAAAGCCAUGCCAGUGUUUGACAAGCCCUACUAUGGUAUCACUGUCAGAGAGGAUGUGCCUGUAUCCACCUCUGUCCUUUGUAUCAAUGCCACCAGUCCUGAAGGCCAGAGAAUCAUCUUCACCAUCCUGGAUGGUGACCUGUCCCUCCAGUUUGACAUUGGCUUUGACACAGGAAUCAUCAGUGUGAUUUACCCAUUAGACUAUGAGACCAUGCAGUAUUACCGGGUGACGGUGAAGGCCACAGAUACAUUGAGUGGAGCAAAGUCUGAAGUCAAUGUGGACAUUGUCGUACUGGAUGUGAACGAUAACCCUCCACUGUUUCAGAACACUUCAUACUCCACUGUGCUUUCUGAGAACUCCAUGAUUGGAACCACUGUGUUACAGGUGUAUGCCCAGGACCAAGACUCUGACAAGAAUGCAGUGGUGAGUUACCAGAUCCUAUCUGACAUCUACAACAGCACCGACUACUUCCACAUUGACAGUAACAGCGGACUUAUAUUCACGGCACGCCUGCUGGACUAUGAGCUCAUCCAGCGAUACAACUUCAUUGUCAGAGCAUCUGACAGCGGAGAUCCUGCCCUCAGCAAUGAUGUUAGCGUCACUGUGACUGUUACCGACACAAACGACAACCCGCCUAAUUUCAGUCAAACACUGUAUGAUGCCUUUGUCAGCGAGCUGGCUCCCCAAGGACACUUUGUGACUUGUGUUCAGGCGUCAGAUGCUGACAGCUGUGAUGCUCAUAGACUGAGGUAUAGUAUCCUCUCAGGGAAUGAGCAGAUGACUUUUACAAUGGAGCCAGAUACAGGGGUGCUCAAUCUGUCUAAUAAAAGGAGACAAGGCAUGAAGCUCUCAUAUCAACUCAAUGUGUUGGUGUCAGAUGGAGUCUUCACCAACACUGCUCAGGUGGUUGUUCGUGUCCUGGGAGCUAACCUGUACAGCCCAGUGUUCAGCCAGAGGUUCUAUCUAGCUGAGAUCCCAGAAAAUAGCCCUCCAGGGUCAAAGGUCACUGAGGUUAGAGCAACAGAUGAGGAUUGUGGGUUGUUUGGCCAGAUCACCUAUUCCUUCAUCAGUGACCUGGGAAAAACUCAGUUCACCAUUGAUGCAGAUGGAGUCAUAUCCACUCUUCAGAAAUUAGACAGAGAAACUCCUCUUAACAAGGACAUGGUGCUGACUGUUAUGGCCCUGGAUGGUGGAGGCCGUGCAUCGUUUUGCACAGUGCGAGUGGUUCUUGCAGAUGAGAAUGACAAUGCGCCUCGCUUCAGAGCAGUGGAGUACCGCAUGAGCAUUAAGGCAAAUGUUGCCAAAGGUUCUCUGGUCACACAAAUCCAGGCCACUGACCCUGAUGCUGGGUCUAAUGGAAGGAUCAUCUACUCCUUGUACACCGAGGCACGCCUGUCACUGGUGGAUGUGCUAGAGGUGGAGCCAGACAGCGGUUGGAUGAUGACUAAAAGCACUGUGGACCACCUCCAGGGGACAGUGCUGUCCUUCUUUGUCAAAGCCACAGACUGUGGUUCUCCGGCCAAACACUCCCUGGUGUCAGCCUUCAUCCAUGUCGUCCCUCCAGAUGCAUUUGUUCCCUCCUUCAGCCAGCCUCAGUACUCCUUCACCAUCCCCGAGGACACAGCAGUGGGAACAGCCCUAGGGUCUGUGUACAUGGGCUCUGGACAGACUGGCUUCUUCACUGCAAUCGGAGGAGAGACUCUUGACAGCAACCAGGGAGGUACUUUCCUGGUGGAGAGGGAGACAGGUCUGAUCCGUGUGGCCAAGCCACUAGACUAUGAACAGGUCAGCAUCUUUCGCUUCAAGGUUGCAGCGACAGCAAGAAGAGACCUGAUUGAGUCUGUCUCCACUGUAGACCUGGAGGUUAAGAUCCUAGAUGUGAAUGACAACAAGCCAAUGUUUGAGACAAACACCUAUGUAACGACAGUGAUGGAGGGGAUGCCUGUAGGCACAAGAGUCGUCCAAGUGCGUGCUGUUGAUCCAGACGGGGGCUCCAGUGGACAGGUAACCUACAGCCUUGGAACUCUGCUCAGCUACAACUUGGACUCAACAAUGGAUACUCGCUCCUUUAAUGGCCCCAUCACUACAAGCUCUGUCUUUGCCAUUGACAGUAAAACAGGCUGGAUCACCACUGUAAGUCACAUGGACCAUGAGGCCUGCUCCAGCUACAGCUUUGAAGUAGUGGCCUCUGACCUGGGGGAGUCACAGCCUCUAUCCUCCACCACAGUAGUGGCAAUCACUGUGUCAGACGUUAACGACAACCCACCACAGUUUAAGAGGGAGCUGUACCGCGGUGCAGUAAAAGAGAGUGAUCCCCUUGGUGAGGUGGUGGCUGUACUGAAAACCAAAGACCGAGAUGGCACAGAUCAAAACCGCCUAGUCAGCUUUUACAUAACUGGUGGAAACCCGCAGGGUGUGUUUGGCCUGGCCCUUGUGCAGGGGGAGUGGAAGGUUUAUGUGAGUGGUCUACUGGACCGUGAGCAGCAGGACUGGUAUCUCCUUAACAUCACAGCCAGUGAUGGCCUGUAUGUUGCUCGUACUGCAGUAGAAGUUACAGUUACGGAUGCCAACGACAACAGUCCUGUUUGCAACCAGGCGGUGUAUAGCGUCUCUUUUCCUGAGGACAUUCCUAUUAACAAGGGCAUUCUGACAGUGGGCGCAACAGAUGUUGACUCGGGAUUCAAUGCUGAGAUUCAAUAUUCACUGUUUGGCAUUGGGGUUGAAGAUUUCUAUAUGGAUGCAAAUACUGGUGAAUUGCGUACAGCCACAGUCAUGGACAGAGAAUUGACACCCAGCUACAAACUCAUUGCUCAGGCAACCGAUGGGGGAGGGUUGUUCUGCCGCUCCUACAUUUCUCUCAAAGUGCUGGAUGUGAAUGACAAUGCCCCCUUCUUUUCCUCUACCCACUACCUGACUAGUGUGUAUGAGAAUGCUGCCCACAAAGCUUUGCUUACCAGGCUGCAAGCCAGCGACCCUGACGAAGGUCUUAACCAUACUGUGGUAUAUUCUUUGGUGGAUUCAGUCAGUGGUUUAUUCUCCAUUGAUCCAGUGUCUGGGAUUGUAAUUCUGGAAAAAUCUCUGGACAGAGAGAGCCGAGACUCCUAUCAUCUUUGUGUCCAGGCCACUGAUCAAGCUGGGCAACAGGGGGCACUCUCCUCACAGGUUGAUUUGACCAUUUUGGUGCUGGAUGUGAAUGACAACGCUCCAGUAUUCCAGAAGAGAGACUACACUGUUACUGUUCCUGAGGAUGUAGCCGUGGGAACCGAGGUGGUGCGAGUGUUGGCAACUAGCUUUGACAUCGGACCCAACGCUGACAUCAGCUAUAACAUCCACUCAGGCAACGAGUUAGGAAAGUUCACCAUAGACAGAAACCUGGGGUCUAUUUCUGUGGCUAAUGAUUUGGACUUUGAGGUGUGUAAGGACUUCUACCUCACUGUUGAAGCGUGGGACAGUGGGAACCCUCCCCUCAGCUCUGCUACUAUGGUGACCAUUGAACUCAUGGAUGUCAAUGACAAUGCUCCAGUCUUCAGUCAAGACACCUACAAUGUUGUAAUCAGCGAGGAUGCAUCAGUUGGGCAGACAAUUACAAGAGUAUUGGCAGAGGACCUGGACAGCCAGGUGAAUGGACGAAUCACCUACUCAAUCCUGAAAGGUGACCGUAGCAACCACUUCUGGAUUGACCCUGUAACAGGACUGCUCAAAGUCAAUAAGCGGCUAGACAGAGAACUAGUAUCCAGGUACUCUUUGUCAGUCCAGGCAUUUGACAGUGGUUCUCCUGCCAUGUCCUCUACUGUCACAGUUAACAUCGAUAUCUCCGACGUUAAUGACAACCCUCCUGUCUUCACACCUCCCAAUGCCACAGCUGUCAUACAGCUAAAUCAAGCUGCUGGCACCACCCUGCUGACGCUGUCAGUCAGUGAUAAAGACUCUCCUAGAAAUGGUCCUCCCUUUGAGCUUCACAUUGUUUCAGGUAACGAAGGAAGUUUUUUCUCCCUGGACCAGACUGGAACUCUGCGGACCAACCGUGUUUUUGGCCCUGAAGCCCCCAGAGAGUUUACUCUUGAAAUCCAGGCAAGUGACUCUGGUAUGCCAAGUCUUACCUCUUCUUCCUGGAUAUUUCUGAGGGUCAUUGGGAACAGCCAGUACAAACCCGCCAUCUCCCCUUUGGAAAUCUUCAUUGUCAUGGUAACAGAUACCUUUCAGGGCGGCCCAAUUGGUCAGAUCUAUGCAACUGACCGCGACCCCAGUGACGUUCUGUCGUUCACUCAGAAGCCUCAGACCAAGAGCUUGUUAAUGAUCAACAGACAGGAUGGCAGCAUUGUAUCUAUGCCGGGCCUUGAACCUGGCAGAUACCAGAUGAAUGCCACAGUGAGUGACGGACGUUUCGCUGUGAUAGCUGAUGUGUCUGUCCAGGUCGAACAGGUGACAGAUGUGCUGUUGCGUAGCGCCCUGACCUUACGUUUCAGCUCCCUGUCCCCAGAGGACUUGCUCAAUCGCUACCUGAGUCAGAUCAAACUUACGCUACGUGGACUAGGUGGCUGGAAAUGGUCACCAGGACAACAGGAUCCCCUCCACAUACUCACUGUACAGCCGGUGAUGGGGACCUCUGAUGUGGACUUACUUCUGGCCAUGGAGAGGGCUGAAACAUCAGGCAAUAGACAGAUGGGUGGGUUCUACUCCCAGCAAGAGUUGUCUGCAAAACUAGAGGAAGCAGCAGCGCGAGGCCAGAUUCGCGGUGUCCUAGCUGGGGCUGUAGUGGUGAGCAGUGCUUGCUCUGGGGCGCUGGACUGUGGGGACAAGGUGUGUGAACAGACACUAGUGAUGGAGGGCGGCUCGCCUGUCACCUACAGCACAGAGAGGGUCAGCUUGGUCGCACCAAGGUUCAGCCGUACAGAGACCUGCAUCUGCCCUGGAGGAACAUGCCCCACCCAUCUGGAGCUUUGUGAAGGUCAGACCUGUCCGGCAGACAUGCAGUGUGUUCGUUCUGGUCCUACAGCUCCAUCUGUCUGCCAGUGUCAGCCUGAGAGACUAGACGAGUGUGCAGGUCAAACCUCUCUGAGUUUUUCUGGAAACAGUUACAUCAAGUACAGAGUGACAGAAAGUGGCCAGAGUGGAGAGAUGAGGCUCAGUCUGAGAAUCAGAACACUUCAGAGAAGAGGGGUCAUUAUGUUUACCCGUGUUAACCCCUGUACCAUGCUCAAGAUUGAAGGAGGUCGACUCUGGUUCCAGUUGGACUGUGACAAUACCCUUGGCAUUAUGGGUAUUUCUGAUAGAGCAAUAAACGACGGUCUCUGGCAUGCAAUAGCUUUGGAGCUGACUAGGAACUACACUCUCUUAUCACUGGAUGACAGUUAUGUGGAGCGUCGCCGAGCAGCCCGUGCACCUGUUCGCCUUUGGCCUCUGGACCCAGAUUCAUCCUUUUUCUUCGGGGCCCAAGUGAGGCCACUAAAUGGGCAAGGCAAGAGGCCGAGGGCAGGGCCAGGGAAAAGUCAGGGAGAGCCAGGACUCGAGGACCAUGGAGGGGUGAGGGCCCCACCAAGAGCCCAGGAUGGUUUCCAGGGCUGCCUCAGCUCACUGAUGCUGAACAGUAAUGAUCUGCCACUCCAGAAUAAGAGGAGCCGUUACGCUGAGAUAGCUGGGCUGAACGAGGUCAAAUUGGGCUGUGUGCUGUAUCCAGAUCCAUGUGUCAGUCAGCCCUGCCUCAAUGGAGCCAUAUGCAGCAGCCUGCCCUCUGGAGGCUUCAUAUGCAGUUGCAGUGCUGGCUUCACUGGUGGAUACUGUGAAAUUGAACUGACAUCCUGCAUGUCAAACCCCUGCCAGAACGGUGGGCACUGCAGUGCUGCUGGCAGUGCAUUCCUCUGUGGCUGUCCUCCAGGACUCGGGGGACUUAUAUGUGAUGAGGAUCUAAAUGAAUGUGACCAGGGAGAGUGCCAUAAUGGGGGAGAGUGUGUUAACACAUUCGGCUCGUUCUAUUGUAACUGCUCAGAAGGGUACAAGGGUCCGUUUUGUGAUGAUCAGACACCGGGUGAUCUUGGGGGUGACACUCAGGCAGAGGCUGUGUCGUACAUUGGACCAGGAGAGAUAAUUGGCAUUGGGGUCCUUGCGUUUGUCAUCAUUCUCCUCCUCAUACUCUUCAUCGCUUUUAGGAAAAAAAUCAAAUUCAGGAAAGACUCAGACCCAGGCCCGGGGACUCAGGCUUUGAUGGGUGUCUCAGCUAUUUCCACAGAAACCAGUUACAUGCUGCACAAGACUGGCACGGUGGCUGAAGGGAUUGAGUUUAAAGCUGUGCGUGUAUCAGGUUUACCUGGGACCACAAGCACCUAUGCUGAGUUGGGAGACAGCACUGGAGGCCCUCCCCAGGUCAUGGUGCGUCCAACCACCUACUCUCCUCUGCCAGGAAGCCUCUGCAACCAGGGCAUGACAGGUGAAGAUGGUGGCAUUUCCGGUGUGGGCAGUCAGUUGAGCAGUUUCCUCUCAGAAAUGUCUAAUUUCCGAGGGGUGGUCAAUAGAAGGGGUGUGGCAGUGUGCAGCGUGGCACCCAAUCUUCCUGCAGCAUCUGCCUGCCACUCUGAACGUAGUUCAGCUCACAAAGUGUCCUGGGAGGGUAAGGAAACCAGGCAGGAAGGGCUGGAGGCAGUGAGAGAUGAGAGAGAAGAAGAAUGGGGGCAGAGAGCUUUUGAGCUGGAGAGAACAGAGAGAGAUCAUAAUCCACAGGAUGUGUCGGAGCUGAUGGACGAGGUGGCGUGCCUGUCAGACUCCACAUCAGAGGAGCGCUCUCUCAGUUCCUAUACUUCUGAGUCCUUUGACAAUGCUUCCAUAGUGACAGUCAUACAUCUAGUCAACGAUGCUGUUGAUGAUAUUGAAAGUGAAGUGUCAAACAUAGACAAAGAGCAGCGACGAAACAGCCCUGUGAGUCGCCACCUGCAGAGCAAAGACAUUUGUGUAGAGUUCAUCAAAGAGUACCUAGUGAAUUCAUACCACUGCGAGUCUUCAAGCUGGCUGUCACCAUCACGUUUGAGUCCACCAGAGCUGGGAUCCCAUUGCAACCUCGGUGAUACCCAGCAGAACAUCAGACGCGGAGGCAGCAUGUGUUCUCUCCAGCUGGACUACAGAGUGCAGGGCUAUGGUGGCGACAGGGGCCAACAGCAAGGAUGGGAGACUGGCAAGAGGACUUUCCAGUGGGAAAGGAAUCAGUCGGGUGAGUGGGAGAGGAAAUGCAUCCUGGACAGCGAAGAAACAAGAAGACAUGAUGGGGAAGGAAUGAACACAGGCAACAGGAGCAGAAACUUGGGAACACUCCAGGACCACAGAGACCUUCAGCAGUUACACAGCUGUGAAGACGGUGCCGCUGCUGUUUAUGAGGAAUACCGAGAGUGUAGCCAUGACCCAGAACAGAGUGAAGACACAGAUAGCCUUUAUGACACUUUACCCCCAACCCGACAAGCCUACGAAGGAUAUCCCUCAAGCCCUCCAAGCCUCAACUUGCAGCCAGCUCAACUUCUGCCCCCCCUAAGGGCAUGGGACUUACAGAUGGGGGAAUGGAGGGGAUCACAGGAUGAUCGUGGAGGACUUGGCUCCAGCAAUUUGGGAGGUUCUGGGGAUGAGCUGGAGAGACUACUGAACCUGGUGUCGCUCAGAACCAGGAGAGCUACACAAAUAAACAGAGCCUCCACUGGGUCUGAGCCCGCAACUGGCUGGGAUGAAUUUAAAUGAGCACACAAGACUGUUUCAAGCAAAUAGAUUUAAUAUUACUUUAUGUACUAAAGAGCAGCAGUGAUCCUCUCUGAUUAUACUUGGCAUUUACAAGACUACGCCAGUGGUCCACCACCUGAAAAUACUUAAAGGAGAAUAUUUCUCUAUGUACUUUUAAUAUCCCACAUUAUUAUCCUGCUAUAAGCAAACUCUAAUCCACCACCAAUCCCCUGGCUUGAUCUUCACACGCCUUCACCUGUGCUGCAUGAGAGUUUUUUAAGAUUGGUUGUGAAUCAAUGCUAUGACAUUUGUUAUUUAUAGAAUCACUAUUAUAAUCAAAAUGUUGUAGAUGAUGCCCUGUGCUGUACCAUACAGUAUGUUCUGUUGUCGUGCAUUUUACACAUUGUUCUUCUGGGUCACACAUUUACACAGACACGUGCAAUCACUUAUGCAUUUCUUGUUUUUAUUGACACAAGCUGGGUGUUGUUUUAAAGAGAACUAUUCACUUAAAUCCCCUCAUUUAAGUAUUAUAUAGUUGUUUAUUUAAUAAUGAUACUUAAUUUGUUUGGUUGUUUAUAAGCUUCUUCAAAAACAGAUUCAUCUGCAGGAUCUCACUCAUUUAAUUUUAUUUGUUUUAUUCAUGCAGCUCGUCAACUGUUUUGACCUCUCAUUGUCCAUACCUCAUACUGGUAUGGACAUAUACAGAUUCACUGUUUAUCAUAGUUAAACUGUCUGUAAGAGCACAGAUACAUGUAGGUCUACCAUUUAGUGAUAAAAAUGUGAUAAAGGAGUGAAAACUGUGGUUACGAGGACAAGUUAGAGAACUUUUUUAGACACAUUCAACAGCCUCCCCAAUCUAGAGUAGGUGUGACCACUAUCAUCACUAUAGCUACUGAAUGUUUCUCUUCACAGAGACCAGUACAGUAUUUUUCACU